UGGGCGGGGGAGCUGCUCUCCUGAGCUGCUAGUGAAUCCAGUCAGUGAGCUGAGGAGGUGCAAUCUACGAUUUUCUGCCGCUGGACGCCCCGGAGAACAGAGAGGAGCAACAGGCAAGCGCGCAAGUUCUGUCUGUCUGAGUGAGGAAAGGACUUUUGGCUUCUCUCAUCACCUCCCACAUCUCCAGUCAUGGCUAUAGUCCUCCACUCCAGCCCACUCCUAUGGACAAGGUUGGCAGCCUUGGUCUUCUCCUGUGUGGCCUUCUCUGUGGCUGUGCAUGGUGGCAGACUCUUCCACGGCACCGGAGACUGGUGCAUCUUCUGCUGGGCCUUCAGCUUUGCGGGGACUCUGCUCGUCAUCCUGGUGGAGUUGUUCGGCCUUCAGACCAGAGCCCCCGUCUCCUGGAAGAACUUCCCCAUCACAUUCGCCUGCUACGCUGCCCUGCUCUGCCUGUCUGCCUCCAUCAUUUUCCCCCUCUAUUUCCUCAAGGGAUCCACAGGGCCGAGUGAGAUCCGCGACUACCGCAUUGUGUCCACCGUCUUCUCCUGCCUGGCCACCAUCGCCUACAUGAGCGAGGUGAGCAUCAGCAAGGCGCGUCCAGGCGAGGUGGCCGGCUACAUGGCCACAGCGCCUGGCCUGCUCAAAGUCUGCGAGACCUUUGUGGCCUGCAUCAUCUUUGUCUUCGUCAGCGACCCCGUGUUGUACGACCGUCACGAUGCACUCAAGUACUGCAUGUCUGUCUAUUGCAUCUGCUUCAUCCUGUCGGCGGCCAUCAUCCUGCUCUGCAUAGGCGAGUGGACUGGCUUCCUCCCCUUCCCGUUUGCCCGCUUCCUGUCUGCCUACGCCCUGUUGGCUGUAGUUCUCUAUCUGUCAGCGACCAUCAUCUGGCCCAUCUUCAACUUUGACCCCAAGCACGGCGGAUCAAAAGAAAGGCCUUACAACUGCAGCAGCGCCCUGGGGCUGUGCGUGUGGGAUAAGCUUGUUGCGGUGGCUGUGCUCACAGCUGUCAACUUCAUCCUCUACCUGGCCGACCUGAUCUACUCCACUCGCCUGGUGUUUGUCAGUGCUUGAGGCAAAAGAAAGGAUGUUAGGCCAGCAGUAUGCUCCAAAUAAAAUUGAAUUUGGCAUUUUUUAAAAGGCUGUCAAACUGCUGUCAAAUACUUUGUUGUGAGCAAAUGCAAGUGUACUCACUAGGUCUGUUUGCUAAAUGGUGUCCACAACAGCUAGAGAAGCUUGUGUGUCAUGUUGGGAGACAUGUAGUUAUACCACAACUGGUUUAGUUUAUUGUAGUAUUAUCUUUAAAAAUAAAAGGAUUUCAUUUUGCUAUAGUUCUACAAGAACAAAACAGUGUGAGAUCAAGCGGUGGCUUGCAGUACUUCUGUAAUAGUUGGCUGAGGGUGUAUUAGAGGCAGUGAACAGGCCUUCUCAAGAAACUGACAAGUUCAUCUACCCAACCUGCGUCAUCAGACCCAGCUCUUGCGCUUUUUUGGCCCCAAAACUCACAAUGCAAACCUGCCAAAUUUGAUUUUGUGUGAAAUAUGCUGCCAGCCUUAGAACCUUAGAGAGACAGAGGAGGAGGUUGAGGUCAAUGGCUAUGUUUACAAGUACACAAAACCAACAAUAUUCCCUUAAAUUACUGAGGCUUUCUGUUCAUGUGUUGGAGAAUGUAAAUGUCAAAAAUUGCUCCCAGUGAUCUGAAUAGGCUUUUGUUUUGACAAUGAGAGACCUGAAUGUGUUUGCUGGAAUAUGCUGAUAUUACCCAAGAUAUUAAAAUAACUUUUUUAUCCAUUAUAAUGGAAGAUCAGUGUCCAUUAUAAUACUUAAAACACACACUUGUUUCAUGUAUACAGGGAUGUUUGUGAUGUCCGGAUAUGAGUAAGCUAUUAACAGAAUUUCCCAAACAAGACUGUAACAAGGAUACAAGCUAACACUCAAAAUACUAUGUGCAUGUAAACAUAGUCUGUGGUGACAAAUGAUGAAAAACCAAAGCAAAUGGCGGCUUAUUGUUGUGUUUUUUAUUUUUUAUUUUGCAUAAAGUAUAUGUCAAUGCUCUGCCUUAAGAUUGUUUUAAAUUUGAUUUCAGUUAUAAAAUGUUAAAAAAUUGAAUAGUAGCUGCAGGGAGCCAAUAAAAUAUUUAAAUGUCAUACAAUUGGAAAUCCAAGACUUCAAAGAUGGUUACGUUUUUGUCUUGUUUUUGAUUUUUUUUUCUCGAUGGUUUCAUUAAAGUGUUUAUCGUCUCCUGUCUUCCCAACAGUACACAGUCCAGCUGUUCUGGUUGCAUCCUUCAUCAGUACUUUUUACACGGCUCCAAUGUUUUGAGACUUGAAGUAGUGCAAAAAUAGUUCACACGAUGUUAAGAUGAAUGCUAGGCCUGCUUUUUGCUCAUGUAAUGAGAUAUUUGUAUCUGUAUCUGCAAGCUACAAUCGUAUGGCAAGUAUAUAUAUAUUAUGGGGAAAGAACAUAUGCAAGAUUGUGGAUUUAAAAAAUGAGUAUGAUUAAAGUGCACUUAAUAUUAGUAUUUUCUGUGUGUUUAAAGUCCUGAUGUCUCCAAACAUCAAAGCAUCUAUUAACACCAAACUCACACCACUAAAUUCACAGACAUUGUUGAUUGGGUCUAUUGGUUUAGUACUGCUGUAAAAUUUUCUCAGAGAAAGAGACAGAAGACGAUGGUCCUGUCUCUCUCUAGAUGUUGUUGUAUUCUCUAACUUUUUUAUAUUUCACUGUGCUUGCCACAUCAAUGUUGUAAGAAAAGAUAACCCAGGGUUUCAAUAAAACCACAUGGUAAACA